GGCAGCCGGGACUCCCGGCUUGGCUGUAACCCGGUCCGGGGCCAGGUGGGACCGCGAGGGCCCAUGGCCGAGCCGGCUCCGUUACCUCUGACUUCUGAGGAUGUGGCCGUUUAUUUCUCCGAGCAAGAAUGGCGGGAUCUAGAGCCAUGGCAGAAGGAGCUUUACAAGCAAGUAAUGAGAACCAAUUAUGAGAUUCUUGUUUCUCUAGAUGAUGGACUUCCCAAACCAGAACUAAUAUCCUGGCUUGAACAGGGGAGAGAACGCUUCAGGAUCUGGGGAGAAUCACAGAAAUCAGGAAACAUAGUUUGCACCUCUGCUGAUUUGCAUUUGGAUCCAGUUAUUGAGGGACAACUGUUUGUGGGAAGCCAGCAAGCUGUGAAACCAGGAGAAGCCCACUGCCAUUUCCAAGUAGAUCCUCUUCAGAGCCAGCGUUCCUCUGAACCCUUAUUAAAAGUGAAGGGAAAAAGUGAAGAUGUUUCCUUCAGGCCUGACCAAGUCGUCGCCCUCCUGAAUCCACAAAGACAUGAUACUCGGGCUCUAGUUCCAGUAGUCCACAGCUCCAGGGAACCCACCCAAAGAGACACAAUCGUAAGUCCCAGGACUCUCGGUCCCCCCGGCUUCCAGGAAACCUCUGGGGAGGGCCUCCAGCACCCUUGCCCCGUCUGUGGGGACGGCUUUUGGAAGAACCUCUCAGAGCAGCACCAGGGGAGCCAGAAGGACCCACCACACAGGGCCUGGAAUCAGUUCCGCAAACAAACCGACGCACAACAGCCGCUGAGCAUCCCUCGGGGCCAGAGGCACUUCCGCUGUCCAGAAUGUGGGCGGGGCUUCCGCCGGAAGUCGUGUUUGCUUAGACCCCUGGCAGUCCACCCCGAGGAGAGCCAGCUGCUGGGCAGCGAGUGUACGCCCACCACCUGCUCUCGGGACAGAGGCCUUCCCAGUGCCCCGGCUGCGACGGGAGAGGCCCGGCUCCAGGAGAGAGGUGCGGGCUUCCAGACCACACCCACGUGCACAGCGCAGAGCGGCCCUUCCGGUGCGCCGAGUGCGGCUGGGCCUCCCGCCAGCACGGGCGGCUGCGGCUCCACCAGCGGCUGCACUCAGACGAGCAGCCUUGGUUUCCGGCUGAGGAGGCACGGCGGCGAGAGGCCGCUCUCCUGCGGCGAGUGCGGCCGCGGCUUCGGCCACCCGUGCAAGCUGCGCGAGCACCUGCGGGUGCACAGCGGAGAGCGGCCCUUCGGCUGCCCUGAGUGCGGCAAGAGCUUCCACUUGAAGGGCAUCCUGAAGGCGCAGGAGCGCACGCACAGCCGCGAGCGGCCCUUCCAGUGCGCGGAGUGCGGCAAGGGCUUCACACGGCCGUCCAAACUGGCCGAGCACUUCCGCGUGCACAGCGGCGAGCGGCCCUUCGGCUGCCCCGACUGCGGCCGCUGCUUCCGUCUCAAGGGGCAGCUGCGGAGCCACCAGCGCCUGCACACGGGGGAGAGGCCGUUCCCGUGCCCCGACUGCGGCAAGAGCUACUGCGUGAAGGCCGACAUGAAGGCGCACCGGCUGCUGCACGGCGGCCGGAUGCCCUUCUCCUGCGAGUGUGGCAAAGGCUUCGCCAAGGAGUCCAAGCUCGUGGAGCACAUCAGGACGCACACAGGCGAGAAGCCCUUUCAGUGUUCCCAGUGCGACAAGAGCUUCCGCUUGAAGGCGCAGCUGCUCAGCCACCAGGGCCUGCACACCGGUGAGAGGCCUUUCCGCUACCCCGAGUGCGAUAAAAACUUCCGGGAAAGGGGCCACAUGCUUCGGCACCAGCGCAUCCACAGGCCCGGCAGGCCAUUCGCUUGUGCAGACUGCGGCAAGGCCUUCAUUUAUAAGUCGAAAUUCGCCGAACACAUCAGAGUGCACACGAAGUCCUGUCGUGCCCCCAGUGAGCCUGACGUUAAGCAAAGGCUCAGCCAACUGUUUGCGAUGAUUUAGGCCGACUGGAGUUGAGGCCGAGUAGG